AUGAGUAAUUACUAAACGAAAAGAUAAGUUCUUAUAUUCAAUGGAACUGGAAAUGACUUAGUGUUAACUAGUUGAUCCAUGGAAAGUUUAAGAAAGAGAACAAAUUUUACUGGAUUUGUUAGUGAAAAAAGUUUUACUGGGUUUAAGUAGAAGAAUCAGGAGAAAAAUAAUGAGAAGGAAAGGUCCCAUUAAUAUGAAUGAAUCCAGACCUCGAAAAAGAUCCAAAUCCUACAACAACUAGGUACCACCAUACUAUUACUAGGCCCUCUUUUCUGCUUUAUUGGAAACCUCAAAACCUAGAGACAAUUCAUAAAGAUGAAAACAAAUAUUUUAGGGAAAAGAAUCACCUUUUUAUUUUAUUUUAAUUAUUUAAUCCCUUAAAUAAUGUUAUAGGACUUGCAGGGUAUAUUUAUUUAGAUGAUGAAGUAUGUCUGAAGUAAAGCCAAUUUAAAUACAUCAAUAAUAUAUAUACAGUCUUCUUAUUUUUCAUAAUCCAAAUUCAAAAUGUAUUUAUUUGACCAAUUAUUUUUCAUAACCUUAUAUGCUGCUUUCUUUGACCAAUUUUUUGUUUUUUUCAAAAACUAAAAAUUUUCAACUAUCAAAGCCAAAAUAAUCACAACAGGCUUUGUUUCAAAGUGUUUGCAUUUAAUAACUUCAAUAGAGCCGCUUGACUCAGCAGUUACACUGAUUUUGGACGUGUUUUAACCAUUAUUAGUAAACAUCCUUCACGUGCUCAGGGAAUCAACCAUUUUAAGUGCUUAGAUAUCUAAUUUAAGUAUAAUUAACCAUAUAAUAACCGACUUAACUACAUUUGACAAAACCUUAAUUAAUAACUUCUCCCAAAAAUGAGUAGAAGAACGAAUUAACUUUUGAGGAAGGGUGUGUGAACCGAAGAGAUUUAACAUUAAUUAACAUAGAUUUUUCUCUUUUUUUUUUCUUUCCCUUUUACUCCUUUUCUCUUUUUUAUCUUUUUAAUCUUUACUCCUUUUUCUUUUUGUGUGUCUGUGUUUUUUUGUUUUUUGGUGAGGUCACAUUCUGAUUAAAAAUAAGAAAAAUGCUUUUCCUUUGGUAAUAAGGAUCAUCAUCUCUUUUCAUGCCGUUUGCAGCAGUGCAGAUUUGUCUUAAAAAAGUUUCCCUUAAAAUCUCUCCCACUCCAGUGAAAAACUUAUCUACUUUGUCUUCACCAAACCUUUUAAUCUUUUUCUUUAGCUUUUUUUUUACUGUCUGGAUCCUAUCAAUAAGCUGGAAGAAACUGUGAAACCUCAGAUGAUUACAUCUUUGCCCUGAAACCCUCUACUCAGAUACAAAAAAGAAGUGAUUUUUGACGAACAGACACACCUAAUGGGCUCAGAACAGCAUAGGUUUCUUCAGCAGCAGGAACAGAGGAAACGCUGGGGAGGCUGUUUAAGAGUCUUCUCUUGCUUCAAGUCCCAAAAGGGAGGAAAAAGAAUUGUACCAGCCUCUCGCAUUCCCGAAGGAGGCAAUCUCUCAGCCUCACAGCCCAACGGACCUCACCAACCUGGUGGUGUCUUAACCAACCAAGCAAAUUUAUCUUACUUAGCUCCACCGUCAUCUCCCGCUUCCUUCACAAACUCUGCUCUCCCUUCAACAGCUCAGUCCCCAAACAACUCCUACUUGUCCCUCGCCGCAAACUCAUCACCCUCCGGUCCUUCCUCCAGCAUGUACGCCACAGGACCGUACGCUCACGAGACUCAGCUAGUCUCCCCUCCUCCUGUGUUCUCCACCUUCACCACCGAGCCGUCCACCGCUCCUUUCACUCCUCCUCCGGAGCUUGCUCAUCUCACCACCCCUUCCUCCCCUGACGUGCCUUACGCUCGUUUCUUGACUUCCUCUGUGAAAGGCAAUCAUUAUAAUGAUCUUCACUCUACGUACUCUCUCUACCCCGGGAGUCCAGCCAGCGCGGUCUCCCGGGCUUCGGGAGUCUCCACGCCUCUCCAGGAGUCUAACUUCUUCUGUCCCGAGACUUUCGCCAAGUUUUACCAGGAUCAUGACCCUCAGAACGGUGGGAGGUUGAGUGUGUCCAAGGACUCGGAUGUGUAUCCUAGUGGGAACGUGAACAGGCAGACGAGGCAGGACAUGGAGGAGCUGGAAGCUUACAGGGCUUCCUUUGGGUUUAGUGCUGAUGAGGUUGUUACCACUAGUCAGUAUGUAGAGAUCAAUGAUGUGAUGGAUGAGUCUUUGCUUAAACCGGCUGCUUACUCGCCAAGCGAGGGACAAAAGCUGCUUAGAAGAGAAGCGAGUUUGCUAACGAGUACCAAAUCAGAAACUGAUCACAAACCAAGAAAUGGUAUUCAUGCGGAUGAAGAGGCUUUGUUAUCGAGAGUGGGAUCUGUGAAAGGUAGCAGAAGCUAUCCAACUGGCUUCUCAAGCUCUGAUGCGGAGGUGGAAUACAGGAGAGGAAGAAGCUUAAGAGAAGGCAGAGAGAUCAGACACAGGAGAUAGACUGAUCAGCUAUGUUCCUUCUAAGUUGCAGUGCUAACUCUUUGAGAUAAGAAUCUAGUUUCUUUAAGUAUAUAAUAAAAUAAUAUGAAUAUAUAUGUUACAGAUGGUUUGUAGUAGAAAAGAUGUGUUAUAUAAGCAAAGCAAGGGUGAGAGAGUAGUGAAUGUUUUUUUUUUUUAAGUUUGUGAUGCCUUUUUUGUAAGAACUAUCUUUCAUCUAAUUGCAGCAAUCUGUUUGGGAGGUUUUUAAUGUCAUCUUCUUCUCUACUUAAUGCAUUUGUGUAAGAACUGUGAUUA